GUUACAGCCACAGAGUGAAAAGGUGGAAAGACGCCGACAAUGUCGGAUGUUGGGGAAAUCAUCAAGGCGCUUAAUGAUUUUGGGCGAUACCAGCGCUGGUUAGUGGUAAUGAUCACCGUGACCGCACCAAACGUUGGUUUUCAUAUGUUUAGCCAGUUAUUCAUGGUUUCUCAAGAACCCCAUUAUUGCAACACAAGCUGGUUCAAUACUAUCGGAUUGAACUUAACCAAAGAGGAGCAGCUGAACGUCACCCUUCCGAAAAAACCUGAUGGAACUUUUGAAGAAUGUCUCAUGUACACUCCAGUGAAGGACCAGGAUCUUGAGACCAUUGAGCGAUACGGACUUAAUUCUACCGAGAAGUGCCAAGAUGGAUGGGUGUAUCCUUCAAAGCGAGAGCUAUCGUUGGUCACGCAGUUUGACCUGGUAUGUGACAGGAAAGAUUUAAUCGACAUCUCCCAGUCUGUUUACAUGCUGGGCCUUCUCAUUGGAGCGCUGGCGUUCGGAACGUUAAGCGACCGGUUUGGCCGGCGACCGAUCGCUUUGGUGUCCCUGCUCGGUGUAGCUGUGGCUGGGGUUGCGGCAGCCUUUGUACCCAAUUUCUACCUCUACAGCGCUAUCCGAUUUCUCGUGGGCGCUUUUGUUUCUGGAUUCGCCAUGUGCAGUUUAGCUCUAGGUACCGAAUGGGUCGGGGUGACCUAUCGUCCGCACACCGUCAUUAUCAGCCAGUUGGGGUUUGCCUUUGGGCAGAUGGCCCUGGGUGGCUUAGCUUACGCCAUCCGUGACUGGAGGAUGUUGCAGGUUGCUGGAUCUGCCCCGAUCUUUGCGCUCUUUUUUUACAUAUGGGUCCUUCCUGAAUCUCCUCGGUGGCUUGUGACUAAAGGGAGAGUUGAGGAAGCCAAAAAACUCUUCCAAAAGGCAGCCUCUAUUAACAAACGAACCAUCCCGCCAAAACUGCUAGAUCAGAUGAAUCCUGAGAAGAAGACCAAGUCUGGAAGUAUUCUAGAUCUCUUCAGAAAUCCACACUUAAUGAAGGUGACACUUGUCAUGUCAACUGUCUGUUUUGUCAAUAGUUUGGCCUAUUAUGGAUUAAGCCUGAAUGUAGGCAGUUUUGGCGUGGAUAUCUACCUGACGCAGGUGAUCUUUGGGGCUGCCGAGAUACCAGCUCGUGCCUCAUGUAUCUUCUUGAUGCAGUGGUUAGGGAGGAAGAAAUGCCAAGCAUUCUGCUUGCUGCUGGGUGGAGUUGUUUGCCUUCUCAUCACUGCCAUUCCAAAAGAUUUGCCUGCAGUGGUCACGGUGUUGGCUGUCAUUGGGAAGUUCACCAUUGCUAGUUCCAUCUCUACAUCCUAUGUGUAUACUGCAGAGCUGUUCCCAACAGUCGUCCGGCAGACUGGAAAUGGGGUGUGCCAAAUGAUAGCCAGAGUGGCCGGCAUAAUCUCGCCCCUGGUUGGCCUCUUGGAGAAGUACCACACUUCUAUCCCUGUGCUGGUAUUUGGAAGCACGGCCGUGGCUGGGGGAAUCCUUUGCUUCCUCCUUCCGGAGACACGCGGCAAGGAACUUGUGGAUCAUAUUGAUGAGGUUGCCGGCCAGAAGAGGCCCAUCAAGAUGGUCAGCAGUAGCCUUGAAAAUGGGCAAGUGAAACCGAACGAAGAUGCCGCUGUUAGUGAACAGACCACGGCCACUCGAUUGUAAACUUGCCCCACGAAUUGCUCCAGUGUGCCAUGAAUGAAGACCACAGAACAAUUGGUGUGACUUCUCACCAUGAGCACGGUGGAUGAAAACCAAGGACUUAAAAGCAAUGUUUUUUUGAGUUUUUGUAUUGCAUCCUCUAAAAUAAUCUGGAUUAAA